CUAUUCCUAUAUUUUCAUUAGUGAUGAACUCCUGGUUUGAUAUUUUGCAGUCACACCAGUGUCAAAUGGUAUAGAAGCAUGGAGAAUCUUGGAAGAUUUAAACCAUCAGAUUGACCUAGUCUUGACUGAGGUAGUCACGUCCGGACUAUCUGGUAUUGGUCUUCUGUCCAAGAUAAUGAGUCACAACAGCUGCCAGAAUACUCCUGUCAUUAUGAUGUCAUCUCUUGAUUCAACUAGUUUAGUCUUAAAAUGCUUGUCCAAGGGUGCUGCUGACUUUCUGGCGAAGCCUAUAAGGAAAAAUGAACUUAAAAACCUUUGGCAGCAUGUAUGGAGGAGAUGCCACAGUUCUAGUGGUAGCAAUGGUGACAGCUGCAUACGGAAUGAAAAAUCUAUUGGUGCCAAAUGCGCUGAUGAGUCGAACAAUGACACUGGCAGCAACAACGAAAAUGACAAAAGAAGUAUUGGUUUACAAGCUAAGGAUGGAAGUGGCAAUGGAAGUGGCACUCAGGUACAUUGACCCCUAAUAUUAAAGUAAUUGGCAUUCGAAUUCGAGCUCAUAUGCUUUAUGACACUCAGUGGAAUCAGAGCAAUCACAACCUUAUAAUUUUGCUUUAAUAGUAGAUCAGAAAGGUUGUUUUUAUUGUGUAAUGUGUUAGGUUUACUGACAGUGUGUUAUAUUGUUUGGGAAAUCUUAUCAGUAACGAUGAUAAACAAGUAUGACGCUAGAUGUU